GACACUUUUUCCCCUUGAAGGACUUCCUUCACCUCCAGACCACUUUAAUUAUGUGGGAAACUACCACGGUGACUGCAAACUGAAGGUCAAUGAUGUGCAACAUGACGAUGAAGGAGAUUACUAUUUUAGUUUUACGACAACACUGAGCAGAUGGAGGAGUAGGAAAUCUAUGCAUUUGUCAGUGAGAGAGCUGACCACCAUUGUCCAGCCAAGCACUGUGACAGAGGGAGAUCAUGUGAGGCUGACCUGCAUGUCAGGCUGUCCUGAACCUACAAACAUUUUCUGGUUCAGAGACGGACAGCCUGUCACGAGUCCGGCCUUCCAAGCCAGGAGAGAGGAUGCUGGGAGAUAUUACUGUGCAGUCCAGGGACAGGAGAUGGUCAGAUCUGCACCUGUGGCUCUGAAUGUUCAAUAUGCUCCCAGAGAUGUAACGCUGUCAAUGAGUCCAUCAGGCGACAUCAUCAGUGGAGGCACAGUGACUUUCACCUGCGGCAGCGACGCCAACCCUCCUGUGGCACACAGCAAAUACAGACUGUAUAAAGAAGGAAGGCUUAUCAGUUCAGGGCAGAAAUACAUGAUCUCUGACAUCCUGCCCAGCCACAGAGGACGGUACUACUGUCAGGCCUGGAAUAAUAUCAGCUGGAAGGGCAUCGAUUUGAUUAACUCGACCGAGGUUCACCUUGAUGUUCAGUACCGUCCAAUGAACAUUUCCGUUUCAGUGGAUCCACAAUAUUUUGCUGAGGGCAGCAGCAUCAAUCUGACCUGCAGCAGUGUUGCUAACCCUGCAGCAGACAACUACACCUGGUACAAAAUGGUAGACACUGACAGUUCCAGCUCCAUGAUCCAGGUGAGCUCAGGGCAAGUGCUCUCACUUCCCUCUGUGGAAGACUCCCACACUGGACUGUACCUCUGCCAGGUCAGGAACAGUUUGGGGGAAAGCAACUCAACCGAGGUGCUGCUGUCCAUGAAGGAAAAGCAGCAAGGAGGACAGCCCGUCCUGGUCUUAGCUGGAAUUGGAGUCUCUCUUUUUGUCAUGCUGGCGGUCGCACUUCUUUUAUUCUGGAAGAAAGCAAAGACCAGUGCAACCAAGAAAACUGCAUUUGAUCCCAGGCUCUUCAGAACAGCAUUGAGAUCGUCAUCCACUGAGGAUCCACCUGACACCAUUUAUGCCAACAUCCACACAUCUCCAUCUUCUGUGCCUCCUCAGGCCAUUGCUACAACUUCACAGAGGAGCUCACGCCAUGAUGAUGCCACUUCUUAUGAAGAUGAGGUUACCUAUUCCACAGUGACCAUCAGACCCAGAGACCCCAGUCUUCCACAUCACCUGAACUCUAGCAGAGGGCCACACAACUCCUGGCCCAAAGCAAGCUGGAGCGAGGACUCUGUGAUCUACGCCACUGUGGUUAAAUCCAGCUGAGUUUCUGCAUUUUGUCAUCUGACGGCUUCUUCUUAAGAUAAUUUAAGUUCAAUGCUCAGUGAUUCAGGAAGGUUAACCUGAGAUCACAGCACAUGUGCAAAGAUCUUGAUGCAAACUUGCUUUCAGAAAGGUUGAAAUGUUCAGAAUCUAAAUGUUUUCUAUUUAAAUGCUGAUAAUUAUUUAUAACAACUGUGUUGUUGCACUGGUUUAUGUUGUAAAAGCACAGCUGAUACAAUUAAUACUGAAUAGGAUACUUUAAAAAGCCUGAUGCUGCACAUUUCUGUAAUGCAUCAGCUAGAAGGUAAUGUGACUAUUUUGAUAGUUGAUUAGUCAUCGACUAUUGAAACGAUUAGUCGACUAAACGGAUUAUGAAUAACAUAAUAAUGAAAUGGCACUUAUUUAGCUAUCAGCUUUUACAUUUAGCAUAAGGUUAUUUAAAAUGUGGUAGUAAACACACGGAAGAUCAGGUUUGCUACUGAUAUAACUUUAACGGUCCAUUUUUCCAACCAUGAUAAAAAAUAUAUAGCAUUCUUUUGGCCCUGUAAAACAAAGUUGGCACAGUUUCACCAGUAGCCCCCCAUGAUUGAACAUGCCGCUGAAUGCGCGCAUGUGUGAAGGUCGCCAGAGAUAGACGGACAGGAAGACGUCUCACUCAGUUUAAAAAAAAAAACGGAGUGUGAAAUUGUCCCAAACCUUGGAUCGCCGUGUUCUUUCACCAGAAGCCGCCUUGACUAAACAUGCCGCUGAAUGCUAUUGCGCAUGUGUGAAGGUCGCUAGAGAUAGACUGAUUAGAAGACGUCUCACUCCGUUAAAAAUGAAAAAUAACCAGUAAUAAAAACCAUUAUUAUCGACAAAUAAAUUCGUCAUCAACUAUUUUUACUGUCGACAAUGUCGACUAAUCGUUGCAGCCCUAAAUGUGAUUGCUUCGGUUUGUGAGUUUGUUUGUCAGCAGGACUGAUCAAACUGUUAUAAACAGAUUCACGUGACAAUUCUAGCAGAGACUUAUAUCACAAACUAAUCCAGAGAUCCAGAGAUCCUUCCUGUGGAUACAGGGACCCUAUCCAAGCAUCGUGCGCAGGUGAACACGAUCCAGUGGCACUGUGGCAGAGUACUCUUGUUAUUUCUGUUGCAAAAGUAUUUUGUACUGUACUUUAUUUAAAUGAAUGAAUGAAAACUGUUACAAAGUGCCUGUGGCCAAUUAAUGCUUUAUUUCAAUACAACACUCAAUGCAACA